UAAGAAUUAACUCUGAGAAGGACUCCAAAGACGUUGAACAGUUUCUCACGUUUGAGCGUUUUCCCAAACCUGCAACAAUGUUGAAGACUUUUGUUCUCUUUGCGUGUGCUGUGACGGUGUACUCACUGACCCACUGCCAGAACGACGUAGACUGCCACCCACCUGUGUGUCAUGACAGCGCUCACGCCUUCUGUGUGCACAGCAAGUGCGAGUGUGGAAACGUCGUCGUAGGCAAGAGAGCGACCUCAUGCAGCGCUGACCACGACUGUCACCCACCUGUAUGUGGGAACAGCCACCACGGAGUCUGUCAGAACGGACAGUGUGAUUGCAGCACCAAACAACCAGACACAACCGUAGCGAACACGACCUCAAGCUUGAUCUCGAACUCGACCUCCUGCAGCGCUGACCACGACUGUCACCCACCUGUAUGUGGGAACAGCCACCACGGAGUCUGUCAGAACGGACAGUGUGAUUGCAGCACCAAGCAACAAGACACAACUGUAGCGAACACGACCUCGAACUCGACCUCGAACUCGACCUCGAACUCGACCUCGAACUCGACCUCGAACUCGACCUCGAACUCGACCUCGAACUCGACCUCAUGCAGUGCUGACCACGACUGUCACCCACCUGUAUGUGGGAACAGCCACCACGGAGUCUGUCAGAACGGACAGUGUGAUUGCAGCACCAACCAAGAAGACCCCGUCGUAGGCAAGAGAGCGACCUCAUGCAGCGCUGACCAUGACUGUCACCCACCUGUAUGUGGGAACACCCACCACGGAGUCUGUCAGAACGGACAGUGUGAUUGCAGCACCAAACAACAAGACACAACCGUAGCGACCACGAUCUCGAGCUCGACCUCGUGCAGCUCUGACCACGACUGUCAUCCACCUGUAUGUGGGAACAGCCACCACGGAGUCUGUCAGAACGGACAGUGUGAUUGCAGCACCAAGCAACAAGAUCCUAUCGUAGGCAAGAGAGCGACCUCAUGCAGCUCUGACCACGACUGUCACCCACCUGUAUGUGGUAACAGCCACCACGGAGUCUGUCAGAACGGACAGUGUGAUUGCAACGCCUAAAUAGUAAGUCACAAUCAGGUCAACUGUACCACAAACGACGAGUGUGUGACCGCCUGUGGUAAAGACCACGCCAAGUGUCAUGACGACAUGCUCUGUCACUGCCACCUGGCCUGAGUGGUCAGUCAACGGACAGACACCAGACGAGGAGAGAGUGGAUCUGUCAGUUCACAAGGACAACGAUUGUGCAUAAUAUUCAAAUAUUUAUUUUUUGUCUAUGGUAACGCCAUGAAAAGCUCUGGUUAUUAAAAUUGAUAUGCGGUUGAAAAUUUGACUGUUAGAAUCUCUAAAACAUGCAUGUGAAAUAAAAAUGUGAUUUUAUAACUGGACGUACUUGUUAGUUCUUUUGUCAGAGCUAAACCAGUCUAUGAAUCUUGAUCAAACCUAAAACAUUAGACCAAUUGCACAAUGUAUAUUGGGGAGCAAACCACACCGUCUUACGUGGAGCCUAUGUUGGAUAUGUCCGCCCAGUCCUAGAAUAUGGUAUCGCAGCGUGGGGAACAGCAUCAGACAACAACUUCCACAAAGUAGCGAGAAUCCAGAAUCAAAAUCUGCGGAUCAUCACGGGAGCAAUGCGAUCCACGCCCAUUCAUGUCAUGGAAACACUAACGGGACUAGAACCCCUGAACGACAGACGCGAUCUGAAAGGAAAAGGUCAAAAGAAUGCCAACCCAUCUAAUGAAGGAUAGAUCUUCAAAAAGCCAGAGCAAACUCUUAAAAAGAACAAGCUUCCUCCAUAUGGCCAGACACUCCAGCUCUGAACUCGAAAUCUCUCUUGAAGAAUCUCCAACCCCACUAGACUCGUAUCAAGUCCACCCCCUUCAGACUAAUCACCCCCCCC